AUGCACUGGCGCCGCGGCGAGCAGCUGGGCGAGGGCACCUUCGGGAAGGUCUAUCUGGCGCUCAACGAGCGGAACGGCGAGCUCUUCGCGUGCAAGCGCAUCGGCCUCGCGCCGGACGCGGGCGCGGCGGAGCUCCACGAGCUCGAGUCCGAGAUCCGGCUGCUCAAGACCAUCGACCACAAGCACGUCGUCCGCUACCUCGGCACGGAGCUCCGGCGGAGCGAGGGGCUCAUGUACCUGUUCCUCGAGUACGUGCCCGGCGGCUCCAUCGCGUCCAUGCUCGCCCAGUUCGGCGUCUUCUCCGAGGUGCUCAUCCGCAUCUACGUCACCCAGAUCCUGCGCGGCGUGCGCUACCUCCACGACCGGAAGAUCGUCCACCGCGACAUCAAGGGCGGCAACGUCCUCGUCAACGACUCGGGCGUCGCGAAGCUCGCGGACUUCGGGUGCUCCAAGCAGCUCCAGGGCAUGCGCACGGGCACGCUCGAGCAGUCCCUGCAGGCCAUCCAGGGGUCCGUGCCCUGGAUGGCGCCCGAGGUCAUCAAGCAGAGCGGCCACGGCCGCGGCGCGGACGUCUGGUCCGUGGGCGCGACGGUCAUCGAGAUGGCGACGGCGAAGCACCCCUGGCCCAAGUUCUCCAACAACCUCACGGCCCUCUUCCAGAUCGCCACGUCCACGGAGCCGCCGCCCUGCCCGGACUCGCUCUCGCCCGCGGCGAAGGCCUUCAUCGACCGGUGCCUCCAGAUCGACCCCAAGGACCGGGCGACGGCCAAGGAGCUCCUCGCCGACGACUUCGUCAUGAAUUCGCCAUAA